AUGUCCUCGCCGUCCCUGCUCAAACAGAUCGCGCCGGCCCAAGUGGCCAGCUUUGCCUACGCCGCCGUCGACGCCGCGGCGCUCGCCGCGGCACAGGCCAUCGUGCACGACGUGCGGGACCAUGGCGUGGCGGCGCUCAUGCGACACGCGGUGCGUCUCGGCGACGUGCCGUCCGAAGACGCGCCGCUGCUGAUCCGCCGCACCGCGCUGCAACAGGCGUUCGAGGCGCUGCCGCUGGACCAGCAGCAGGUGCUCGCGCGCACAGUGGACCGCGUGACGCGCUUUGCACGCGCCCAGCGCGCGUCGAUUCGCAACUUUGAACAGCCAAUCGAUGGCGGCGUUGCUGGACAAGACGUGUCACCCAUGCAGACGGCUGGGUGUUAUGCGCCCGGCGGGCGGUACCCGCUGCCGUCGUCCGUGAUCAUGACGGCUGUGACGGCUCGAGUGGCUGGUGUCACGACCGUUGUCGUGUCGUCGCCGCGUCCAGCGCAAGUGACGCUCGCGGCCGCGUACUUGGCUGGUGCCGACGUGUUUGUCGCGGCUGGCGGGGCCCAAUCAAUUGCUGCCAUGGCCUACGGAGUGGGCGACGUGCCCGUGUGCGACAUCAUCGUCGGUCCAGGCAACAAGUGGGUGACUGCAGCCAAGUCGCUCGUGAACGGCAAAUGUGCGAUCGACAUGCUGGCUGGCCCGUCAGAGUGUCUGGUUCUCGCCGACGAGACGGCUAGUGCAGCUGUUGUUGCAGCGGAUUUAUUAGCGCAAGCCGAGCACGAUACAGCUGCAGUGCCGAUCCUUGUGACAACGAGUCAAGAGCUGAUUGAUGCUGUGAAUCACGAGCUGUCGGUGCAAUUAGAAACGCUGUCGACGGCUGAGACGGCUCGCGCGAGCGUGACAAACAAUGGAUUUGCUGUGCUGUGUCCUGAUCUGGAUACGUGUGUGAACGUAUCGGACACAUUGGCGCCAGAACAUUUGGAGAUUUUGACGGACAAAGCACGCGAAGUUGCCGACAAAGUGACGAACUACGGUGGUCUGUUUAUCGGUGGACGUGCAGCUGAAGUGUUUGGUGACUAUGGUGCGGGCCCGAAUCACGUGCUUCCGACGGGAGGGACUGCCAAGUACACGGGUGGACUCUCGGUGCACACGUUCCUCCGCAUCCGCACUUGGAUGCGCAUUGACGACGCGCAAGAGUCGCAGAUACUGGUGCAGGACUCUGCACGAUUGGCUCGCAUGGAGGGUCUUGAAGGACACGCGCGCGCGGCGGAGAAGCGCCUGCUGUAG